CUCGCCCCGGGCGCGGAGGAGCAGCCGGUCCAUGGCCAGGAGGUGCCCGGUGCGGUCGCCGCGGCCCCCGUCGCCAUGGACCUGCGCACGGCUGUGUACAACGCGGCCCGCGAUGGGAAGCUGAAGCUGCUGCAGAAGCUGCUGGGCAGCCGGAGCCGGGAGGAGCUGGAGGCGCUGACGGCAGGGCCGGGCGGCGGCGAUGGCCCCGGCGGAGGGAGCACCCCGCUGCUGAUCGCGGCGCGGCACGGGCACCUGGACGUGGUGGAGUAUCUGCUGGAUCACUGCGGAGCGCGCGUGGAGGAGGGCGGGUCCGUCAACUUCGACGGGGAGACCAUCGAGGGGGCCCCGCCGCUGUGGGCAGCGUCUGCCGCCGGGCACCUGGGGGUGGUGCGCAGCCUCCUGGAUCACGGGGCCUCGGUGAACCAGACCACGCUGACCAACUCCACGCCGCUGCGGGCCGCCUGCUUCGAUGGGCACCUCGAGAUCGUGCGGUACUUGGUCGGGGAGCGCGGGGCAGACCUGGAAGUGGCCAACCGGCACGGACACACGUGUUUGAUGAUCUCCUGCUACAAAGGGCACCGGGAGAUCGCACGUUACUUGUUAGAGAAAGGGGCUGAUGUCAACCGCCGGAGCGUGAAGGGGAACACAGCCCUGCAUGACUGCGCUGAGUCCGGCAGCCUGGAGAUCCUGCAGCUCCUGCUCCGCUCCAAAGCCCGCAUGGAGAAGGACGGCUAUGGCAUGACUCCUCUGCUGGCUGCCAGCGUCACCGGGCACACCAACAUCGUGGAGUACCUCAUCCAAGGGGGGCUGCAGCAGGAGGAGGAGGAGGUUGCAGGGAGCCAAAACGGGACCUGUGCCUCAGGUGGGAGCCAUCAGAGGUGCUGUGGCGCUGGCAAGGAAGCUCCUCAGGGCUGUGGCGAAGAGACCUGUGAGAGAUGUUGUGCCUCGGCUUCCAGCCAGGAUGAGCAGCAGGUCCCUAAUGUGUUCUGCACUCGAGAGGCUGCUGUGGAAGCGCUGGAGUUGCUGGGUGCCACGUUUGUGGAUAAGAAACGAGACCUUUUGGGAGCCCACAAGUACUGGCGAAGGGCGAUGGAGCUUCGGUGCGAGGGGGGGCAAUACCUGCCUAAACCUGAGCCCCGGCAGCUGGUGCUGGCCUAUGACUAUUCCCGGGAAGUGAGUUCCCUGGAGGAGCUGGAAGCCUUGAUCACUGAUCCGGAUGAGAUGCGCAUGCAGGCGCUGCUGAUCAGAGAGCGCAUCCUGGGGCCUUCCCACCCGGACACUUCCUAUUACAUCCGCUACCGAGGAGCCGUCUACGCUGACUCCGGCAACUUCGAGCGCUGCAUUAACCUGUGGAAGUACGCCCUGGACAUGCAGCAAGGCAACCUGGAGCCUCUCAGCCCCAUGACUGCCAGCAGCUUCCUGUCCUUUGCUGAGCUUUUCUCUUACGUGCUUCAGGACCGCUCCAAAGGCACUUUAGCAACUCACCUGGGCUUCUCCGACCUCAUGGGAGUACUGAGCAAAGGGGUCCGGGAGGUGGAGAGAGCUCUGGUGCAUGGCAAGGACCCUGUCGUUGACUCAGCACAGUUCACCAAGACGCUGGCCAUUAUCCUGCACCUGGUCUUCUUGCUGGAGAAGGUGGAGUGCACCCCGGAGCAGGAGCACCAGAAGCGCCAGGCCAUCUACCGCCUGCUCAAGUGCAGCCCCCGGGCCAAGAACGGCUUCACCCCCUUGCAUAUGGCUGUGGACAAAGACACCACAACAGUGGGACGUUAUCCCGUGGGCAAGUUCCCGUCGCUCCACGUUGUGAACUUGCUGCUGGAGUGUGGGGCUGACCCCGACAGCCGUGACUAUGACAACAACACCCCGCUGCACAUUGCCGCCCGCAACAACUGCCCGCUCAUCAUGAGUGCCCUCAUGGAGGCUGGAGCCCAUAUGGAUGCCACCAAUGCCUUCAAGCAGACUGCUUAUGAGCUGCUGGACGAGAAGCUGCUCACCAAGAGCAUGAUGCAGCCCUUCAAUUACAUCACCCUCCAGUGCCUUGCUGCUCGCGCCCUGGACAAGCACAAGAUUCCCUACAAGGGUUUCAUCCCCGAGGAGCUGGAAGCCUUCAUUGAACUGCAUUAGGGUGGGAGAGCUGAAGUCCCCAGCCUCUCCCCUCGCUUCUUCCACCCCACAGAGGUCGUGCAGCCUGGGAUCUUGGCCCAUCCUUGCCUAGAUGCCGAAGGCCGUUGCUGUGCUGAGAUGGGAUGGGAGCUUCGUCCUCAUCUGUCACCAUGAAGCUGGCGUGUGCAGGGCUAGGGGAAGAGGAGGCUCGAGAGCCCAUGGCUGCCCCUCAGUGUUGGCAUCUUCAGGUACCAGACAGCUCCAGUGCACUGUAUCCAGAGAAGGCUGCGGCCCCUGCCCUUCCCCAUGCCAACCGUCUUGCCCUGAGAAGGAAGGACCGUGGAGAUUCCCUGGGACCUGCUGCCUCUCCCCUUAGUGCCGGAUUAACUGAGCAUUAAGCUUUGGAGCAGCCACACCUCACACGUGUGAUCUAGUGCUUCCCAUCCCACAUACCGAGCAGAUAGGAAUGCAAGUGAGGAAUAAAGCAUCUUCCACCUAAUUCUUUUCCCACCCCCCUUUCUCAGAUUUGGGACAGUGCAAGGGGAGGAGCCGAGUGGCUUGUGCUCUGCUGAGGUAGUUGCCUUGCGUGGCAGUAGGGCUGGGUAUGCUGAGGAUGGUUUUUGUUUCUCCCUUGGUUGGCCAAGUCACAAGUGGUGGUAAAGGCCUGAGAUGUCAAUGAUUGUGCAUAAAGCUGGGUUAUUUUUUCUCUUUUAGAGCCAGGCCCUAUCUAUGCUGCAAGACUUCUUCAGUCCCGUAAGAUAUAGUAAGGUCAGUUCUGGUUAUAUAGUUUCAUCAAUAGAUGUUGGGUUUUAUGAAUGGGGAGGGAAAACUGCUACCUUCAACCCGAAACAUUAAUGUGGUAUUUAGGCUCUUAGCUUGCCCAUUCUUCCAGCAUUCACUCCCUUCCCUGCACCAGGGUCCUUUAGCUCCAGGGGAUCGAGGUGGAUAUGGCCAGGUUGCAGAGCCAAACCAGUGCACUUUGAGCCAUCUCUGAGGAUGGGCUUUGGCAGACCCUCCAGGGUGGGGGGUACCUGUGCUGGGGUGGUGCUUGCACGGUUGGUAAAGCAGGUGAGUGUUGGUGGCACGUUUGCAUGGGGGGGGGGGUCUGAAGGAAGAAGCAAGCAAGAAAUGAAAGUUAAAGGUGCCUCCUUGUUCUGCUGGGAUUUGUUGGUAUCAAUCAGUUGGGCUCUUCAUUAUCCCACUCUGGAAUAUCCCUCCCUGGAGUGGGUUGUGAGCUUCUGCUUUUGGCUUGUGAUUCCUUUUGCAACUUCCCGGAGGAUGGUGCUACUGCAAUGAUUGAAUUGGGAAUCUCCCUGGGCUACUGGUGGGGCAAACUCCCUGGGUUAGGACCUGCACACAGCUCAGUGUCCUCUUGAAACCCUCGGUCUCGGGGUGGUGUUUGCCCCCCUUAGCAGAGCCCUCCUUGCAGGUAAGCACUCGGUGCUGCUGAGCACGAUGCUGCUGCCGCAGUUGAUCUUGCAGGGGGAGUGACUGGGCUUGGGCAGCCGUGGCUCAGUGCUUGGCCCUGGGCAGGCUGGAAAACACAGUUGGGGGUGAAGCAGCUGCCCCUGAGCUCUGGGAAAGGUCAAGAACUGGGAGAGCAGCACCCUGGCAACCAACCAUGCACUAGAUGCUGCUGAAGCUUCUCUACUUGUAUUUAUAAGCCAGCGUAUCCACAUGCCUCAGUAACCCAGCGCUCUGCCCCUUUGAGCUGUUGUAGAUCUGCUGUUCCCAUUUUGCAGUGUUAACUAUAACAUGUAUUUAUAAAGCCGGGAGGUUUCACUUGUCUGGAGCUGUAAAGUGCACACUUAGUUGAGCUGCCUUCUAGUUUCUGUUUCCUUUUGGCUGAAACCUGAACUCAACUGCGGGAAUGGAAGUUGUUCAUUUGUGAGCUGAUGAGCGCCCUUAACUUUAAAUAAUAAACCAACAAAUGGCUGCUAGAA